AUUUAUUUUUUUGCUAAUAACCCCUCAGCCAAGAUCAUGAAAUCAAGUGUCAAGGUUACAAUUUAGCAGUCACCUUCAAAGGCAGGGCAGAUCCCUAGAUUGCGCUGUUACUUGGGACUAGGUUUUCCUUUUCCGAGGUCAAGCUGCAGGUUCCUGGGCACUCAGCGACCCUGCCAGGUUUUCCCCUGCUCUGUAGGAGAAGGGUUGUGGGACAACCUUGAGGGGUGUUAGGGUGUGUGUGGCGGGGAGCGAGUAGCACCAGCAGAGGCAGGAGUCGUGCCCAUGUCGUGCUGGAUGGAAAAGGAGAGGGUAGACACUGGAUUCCAAGGACUACCUGUGGAGUGGACCUGAGAUUCUCAAACUGUGUCCUCUAUCCUCAGCUCGGUCCAUUGCGACCAAAUGCAGACUGGGCAGUAUCUUGGAUGACCUCAGACCCAGUAGCUGGAGUCCCAAAAGCUGUGGUAGUCCCAAAGGACCAGUCAACUCCCACCCCACAGAACUGUGGCACUUUCCUGGCAGAGAGUUGCUAAUCUGUAUUUCACUGAUGGCUGGUGUUACUAUAGCAAGAAUCAGAACAGGCAAUAAUAAGGUUUCAACACCGACCUGGAGAUUGUGCUCAGCACGGGACCAAACACGGAUGUAGACAGACACACUCCAUGUCUGCUGGACUUGGUAUCCAAAUAUUAAGGACAGACACGAAGGGUUUGGGAAAGGCACACAGAUUCAUGAUACCAAGGAUAGGUGAUAAGAAGACUAGGCAUUUUGUGUUGGUUGAAAUUUUUUUUUUUGGUCUAUUUUGGGGGCAUUUUGUGAAAGAGCAAAUGUAAAGGAGGAAUCUGAAGGUGGGUAAGAUUGGAUGGAAUUUGAAUUCCAUAAUUACGACUCUAAUUUCUGCAAUCAGCUCGAGGCUCUGUUGCCUGCUCUUGCCACAAGAAAACACUAUGCAGCGCAAAGCCAAGUCGGAUGGAUCUGAAGUGGGUUAGGGUGUUAUAUAAGCCCUUGGCGGGCGGGAGAUGGUCUUUUAAGUGUGUUCCAGCAGCAGCAGCCGGCGGCGGCGGCGGCGGCGGCAGCGGUAGCAGCAGCGGCAGCGGCAGCGGCAGCGGCAGCAGGAGCAGCACCGCAGCAGCAGCCGCAGCAGCAGCCGCAGCAGAGUGGCUCAGGUUGAUUUAGAAUACGGAUGACAGUGGCCUGGCGCGAGCCCACGGCUGACGAAAGCUGCUGAUCCCGCUCGGUUUCCAUGGAGACGAGCGAGCGCGGUGGCGGCGGCGGGGCUGUCAGCGCGCGCGGCGGCGGCGGUCGCGCGUCCGCGGGGGUCUGCAGGAGGAAGGAGGAGGCCGGGGCCGGGACCCUCGCGGCAGACAUGGACUUGCCUUGUGAUUGUGCUGCCGAAACUCCGGCCGCCGAGCAGCCGUCGGGGAAGAUUAACAAAGCCGCUUUCAAAUUAUUCAAGAAGAGGAAAUCCGGUGGCACCAUGCCCAGCAUAUUUGGGGUCAAAAACAAAGGGGAUGGGAAAGGCUCGGGUCCGACGGGCAUGGUGAGGAGCAGGACCCACGACGGACUCGCCGAGGUGGCGGUGCUGGAGAGCAGCAGGAAGGAGGAGCCGCGCGGCGGGGGCGACGCCGGCGGGGGCCGCGGCGGGGGUCGGCCGAACCCCGGUCCCCCCAGAGCGGCCGGGCCCGGCGUGGGCUCGCUAGCCAGCAGCUCCGUGGCUAAGUCACACAGCUUCUUCUCCCUGUUGAAAAAGAACGGGAGGUCGGAAAAUGGCAAAGGGGACCCGGCAGAUGCAGGCAAGGCUGGCGGCAAACAAAAGAGGGGGCUGAGAGGGCUCUUCAGCAGCGUGCGCUGGCACAGGAAGGACAAGCGCUGCAAGGAGGGGGCGCGCGAGGCGCGCGCGGGGGGCCCGGGCGGCCUUACCCUGCCGGGGUCGCUCACGGCCAGCCUGGAGUGCGUCACGGAGGAAGCGCCCCGACCCGCGUGCGCGCCGGAGAACCCCAGCAGGGACGCGCCGCCAGACCCAGCAGGUGAGCCCGGAGGGGGAAAGCCGGGGCCGGCCUCCGCGGAUCGAGAGGCCGAGAGCCCCGGGGUCCCUGACGCCACCGGCGCCCAGGGAGAGGACGCCGUGGGGCAUCGGCGCGCCGAGGAGCCCCGGGCACCCCCCGAGCUGGGCGCUGGGGAGGUCCGGACGGCCGAGGAUGCUUCCAGGACAGGUGACGUUCCGAUAAAGACUGUCCCCCUUGUCGACUCCGACUGUGGCAGUGGCCGGGCGUCUGCCGUCCCUGACCCUUCCUCUGUCGAUCCACCCUCAGACCCAUCGGCCGAUCGUAUUUGUUUGAUGUUUUCUGACGUUACUUCACUGAAAAGCUUUGACUCUCUUACAGGCUGUGGAGAUAUUAUUGCAGACCAAGAGGACGAGGCAGGUCCCAGCUGUGACAAGCAUGCCCCCGGGCCAGGCAAGCCAGUUCUCUCUAAAAAGAACCCCAGCGUGGUGGCCUACCAAGGAGGAGGGGAGGAGAUGGCGAGCCCGGAUGGGGUGGAUGACACCUAUCUCCAGGAAUUCUGGGACAUGCUCUCCCAGACUGAGGACCAAGGACAAGGGCCCCCAGAGGGAGCGGCGAAGGCGGCGGCAGCACUGGACGCCAAGGUGGUACCUGAGACCUCCAAAGAUGCCAGGUGUGCAGAAGCGGCCAAGGACAUGUCCUUGGUCAAGCGCAGGAGGCUCAACCGGAUACCCAUUGAGCUCCAUCCCAAAGAGGAACCUAAGCACCUGGAGAAGGAGCAGCAGGAAGGCGUUCCCAACAGUGACGAGGGCUACUGGGAUUCCACCACUCCGGUCCCAGAGGAAGACGGCACGAGCAGCGGGAAGAAGGCAAGCAUACCCCGGGAUAGCUACAGUGGUGAUGCGCUCUACGAUCUCUACACGGAUCCGGAUGCAAGCCCAGCAGUCCCUCCCGCCAACGAGGAGACAUCCUGCGUGUCCCGGUUAAAGCCCGUGUCUCCAGUCACCAUCACCUGUCCACUGCGAACACCAGGCAGUUUGCUGAAAGACUCUAAGAUCCCUAUCAGCGUCAAGCACCUUGCGAACCUUCCAUCUAGCCAUCCUGUGGUGCACCAGCAACCAGCCAGGAGUGAGGUGCCCAGAACCAAAAUCCCGGUGUCCAAAGUGCUGGUCCGCAGGGUCAGCAACAGGGGCUUGGCUGGGACCACCAUCAGGGCAGCGGCAUGCCACGACAGUGCCAAAAAGUUGUGAGGUCUUCAUUGGACCACAUGUCAAGGAAUACAACUCCCUGGAAACCUGGAAAAAUAUAAGUUUUGCUUCCCCUAAGAAAGGCUUUUAGGACUGUCCCUGCUCCAGAGCCUAGAACAAGGAGACCUUGGUGGCCAACUGGGGCAGGAGACACUAGAGAGGGGAUGUCACACAUGGGAUUCUCCUCCCAAGAUAAGUCCCUGACAAUUAUUUUCAAGCACUUUUUUUUCUUUUUUACCUUUUAAAAAAUAUUUUUCUCUCUUUUUUUCUUUAAUGCACUGAACACUCGGAAGUCACCUUUACUUGCCUUUGCAGAAAGCAGGACUUAACCAAACUGAAGUGUCACGCCAUAUUUGGUGGUGCCAGAGUCCAGAGGGCCUGGAGGAAGC